AUGGCUCGACAACGUGAAGACAUCUCCCAGCUCCCAAUGGAGGAAGCCAUUGAAAAGGCUGCUGACUUUAUGACGGAAGCACGACGAAUGCCGGCAAAUGCCUGGGAUUUAGGAUGGCAAUUGAAACCUAUGGAUCUACCUCCUCUGUCACCGCUUUCCAAGUUUCCACCAGGCAAUGUUACAUUGCCGAAAGAACUACACGCUUAUGAGUGGGGAGAUGCUGGCAACCCAGCAGUCUUACUAGUUCACGGUAUGGAAGGAAGGUCCCUGCAACUCGGCAAAUUCGGCCCAGCACUAGCAGGUCGUGGGCUACGCGUUGUCGCAGUAGAUAUGCCGGGUCACGGAAAGACCUGGCCAGAUGGCCCCAAGCUGGCGAACCCUCUGUUAUUCGCCCAAACGCUUCUACAUAUCGCAUGGUGUGUUAUCGGCCACUCUCUUGGCUCUGCUGCUACAACCUUAGCCGUAUCCAGAGGCUUUCCAACAAAACGUAUGGUGCUCAUCUCUCCACCUGCUGGUCAAGCCCAUAGUUUGGCAAGGUCACUCGCCCGAAUGGAACUCAAGCCAGAAUGGGCACCUCAAGUCAGAGCUGCCGUAGAGAAACGUAUUGGUGGUAAUAUGGACGACCUCUCCGUUAUGAAAGCUGCUGCAGCUAUCAAGAUCCCCACGUUAGUUGUUCACGACACUGAGGAUGCACUGAUCCCAGUGGAAGAAGCUAGAGCCGUCGUCAAAGUAUUCCCGAACAAGGCUGACUACAUGGAAACCACUGGUCUGGGCCAUGGGUUUGUGUUGAGGGAUGAUGCAGUCGUAAACCGAGUAGUAACGUUUGCUAGUAGCGGAGUUGAAGCCAAAUACAAAGGGUUGCCCAAACUGCCACAGAAGGGCAGAGGAGUUUUCGUUUCUUUCUCCUACGCAAACAAACCUCUAAACAAGCAACAGCACCUUCAAGGACUUGGGGAUACCGUCAUGUGGACUUUCAGCUCGAGGCUCCCACAGUGUCUCUUCUUUGCCUUCGGCCUUCUUGUGACAGUUUAUGGCCAAAAUACAAUACCGUCAACGGUUCCGUCAUCCAACGGAGCCUUUGAUGUAUAUCACACCGUCGUCAAUGCCAUCCUCAUUUCUAUCGGUGUAUUACUAUUUGCCUCAUCACUCUUGAUUGCCGGUAUAAUAGCAUUUAGUAGAUUACGUGGAGAAACCAGUCGAGUCAAUUCAGCAGGUGGUGAUGAUGUCGGGUUGCCACCUCGGCCCAUGAGAAGGAAGGACGUUGCAUUCUUUGAAGCUCAAGCUGAACGUAAAGAACGAAACAUCUACAAUUAUCGGCCUGACGGGUAUAAUAACAAGACUCUGUACGAGAUGGCUCAAGAAUCUGCUGCAACGAAUGCAGCUGCUGCAGCUUCUCAACCGCCGGAAAUGACUGAAACUAGGAAUCGAGGAUCUAAAGAACGGUCGAGGCCAACGCUACCUGGUACUGGUGAUCUGGGAGAGUCGAAUCUUUGA